AUGCCGGCCACUGACAACCAAGGCUCCUUCCUCAACCGCAUCAGCAUCCGCCGCAACCAAUUCUCCUCCGCCGACGCCGCCCACGAUCAGGAACUCGAGGACCUCGACCUCUUCCAAAAACACGUCGCUGAUCGCUUCUUCGAUCUCCUCUCCUCCCCCGAAUCCCCUUCCGCCGCCGACGCCCUCCCCUCUCCUCCUCCUCUCCUCUCCAUCUCGUGGCUCCGCUGCCUCCUGGACGCCUUCCUCUGCUGCGAGGCCGAAUUCAAAGCCGCCCUCAUCUCCGGCCGCGACCCUUCCCAAUUCUCCCGCCCCCCUCUAGACCGCCUCAUCCCGGACCUCCUCGACCGCGCCAUCAAAGCCCUCGACCUCUGCAACGCCGUCACCCACGGCCUCCACCUCCUCCGCCACUGGCACUCCCUCGCCGCCACCGCCACCGCCGCCCUCUCCCGUCCCCCCGUCGGCGACGGCCAGGUCCGCCGCGCCCGCAGGGCCCUCGACACCCUCCUCACCUCAAUGGCCCUCGACGACCGCGAAAACGCCACCGGAAACUACCACGGACGCUGGACCGAACGCACCAGAUCCUUCGGCCGCCGCACCCCCGGCCCGGCCGCCACAAGGGACCGCACCUCCGGAAGCUUCCGUUCCCUGUCGUGGUCGGUUGCUCGGUCGUGGUCCGCGGCCAAGCAGAUCCAGACCAUGUCCGCCAGCCUGGCGGCUCCGCGCGGAGGGGAGCCCACCGGCCUGGCCCUGCCCGUCUACAUCAUGAACACGGUCCUCGUUUUCGUGAUGUGGGCCCUGGUGGCUGCCGUCCCCUGCCAGGAGAGAAAUGGGCUGGCGACCCAUUUCCAGUUGCCGAGGAAUGUGGGGUGGGCCCAGCCGAUUAUUGGGCUUCAGGAGAAGAUUGGAGAGGAGUGGAAGAAGAAAGAGAAGAAAGGGACGGCAGGGCUUCUGGAGGAGGUGCAGAGGAUGGAGAAGGCGGCCCUUUCCCUUGUCGAGUUCUUGGACGGGUUUUCUUUCCCCCUGGAGGAGGAGAAGGCGGCGGGGCUGGCGGCACAUGUGGCGGAGAUGGAUGAGAUAUGCCGGAAGAUGGAGGAGGGGCUUGAUCCCCUGCAGCAGCAGGUCAGGGAGGUGUUCCAUAGGAUAGUGAAGAGUAGGGCCGAGGUUCUUGACGUCGUAGAUCAAGUUAGUAAGCUCUCAGCACCAGCUCCAUAUUGA